AUGGCAGUCCAAACUGCGUGCACCUUGACGUUGCUGGAAACGGUUAUUCUCAACAUCGUCGAAGAUCACGGCAACACGCACAAGGCUCGAGCUCUCCUCGAUUCGGCAUCGAUGUCGAAUUUCAUUUCGAAACCGCUGGCGAAGAAUCUAUACAGUCGCCGGUCUACAGCGGAUGUGUCCGUCGCAGGCAUCGGAUCAUCCACGCAGAAGAUUAGUAGUGCCAUUACUGCUACCAUCGAGUCGGGAGAUCGAACGAUCUCGAUCAAACUGCAGUUUUUGGCACUGAAGCAGCCGUCGUCGGAUCUACCAACGAUUGACAUCUCGAAGAUUUCUCUUGGUGAAGGUCUUCCGUGGGUAGUCAAAACUCCAUUUGGUUGGGCGGUCACUGGUCCCGCCUCGCGCUCGGCUACCUGCAUUCCACGUUUCUGCUAUCUCUCUACCGCUGAUGAUCGAUUGGAAGCCGCUCUACGCAAGUUCUGGGACAUGGAAACAAUUCCAUCGGGUCCAGUUCGAUCGUCCGAAGAGAAUCGCUGUGAAGAGCUGUACGCUGCAACGACAACGCGCGAUGCGACAGGAAGAGAUCCUGCAACCAAGGACUCAUACGAUCGGUUCAUGGACGAAUAUCUGCACCUUGGCCACAUGAAGAAGGUGUCAGAACCUGAUGAUCGUAUUCCACACUGCCACAUUCCCCACCACGUCGUAUUCAAGGAAUCGAGCACGACCACGAAGAUCAGGGUAGUCUUCGACGCGUCAUGCAAGACCUCGUCCGGCUUCUCCUUGAACGACACGCUCCUGGUUGGACCGGUUGUCCAGCAAGACCUCUACUCCAUCUAUUUGAGGUUCCGGACGCGAAACAUCGCUGUCGUAGCAGAUGUGGAGAAGAUGUACCGGCAAGUGUUGCACCAUCCCGAGGAUCUAUCAUUCCUCCGAAUUCGCCAUCGCACCAGUUCAUCCGAUCCCAUCGAGACGUACGAACUACAAACCGUCACAUACGCUUUACUGUCAGCUGGAACGGCAUCCCGUGGUGCAUGA